UAAAGCUGGUGGCGCGGGGAGGCAGCUGUCCCUGUCCAGAGCCUGCCACCAUCCCAGCGUCGCCGCCAUGCCCACUCACCGCCUCGUGAUGGUUCGGCACGGUGAGAGUACCUGGAACCAGGAGAACCGCUUCUGCGGCUGGUUUGACGCCGAGCUGAGUGAGAAGGGGGCCGAGGAGGCCAAGAGGGGCGCCCAGGCCAUCAGGGACUCGAAGAUGGAGUUCGACAUCUGCUACACGUCGGUGCUGAAGCGGGCCAUCCGCACACUCUGGACCAUCCUGGACGGCACGGACCAGAUGUGGCUGCCCGUGGUGCGCACCUGGCGUCUGAAUGAGCGGCACUAUGGGGGCCUGACAGGCCUCAACAAGGCGGAGACCGCUGCCAAGCACGGGGAGGAGCAGGUGAAGAUCUGGAGACGCUCCUUCGACAUCCCACCGCCCCCCAUGGACGAGAAGCACCCCUACUACACCUCCAUCAGCAAGGAGCGGCGGUACGCAGGCCUGAAGCCCGGGGAGCUGCCCACUUGUGAGAGUCUCAAGGACACCAUCGCCCGGGCCCUGCCCUUCUGGAAUGAGGAGAUUGCCCCGCAGAUCAAGGCAGGCAAGAGAGUGCUCAUCGCGGCCCACGGCAACAGCUUGCGCGGCAUCGUCAAGCACCUGGAAGGGAUGUCAGACCAGGCCAUCAUGGAGCUGAACCUGCCUACGGGGAUCCCCAUCGUGUACGAGCUGGAUGAGGGACUGAAGCCCACCAAGCCCAUGCGGUUCCUGGGUGACGAAGAGACCGUCCGGAAGGCCAUGGAGGCUGUGGCCGCCCAGGGCAAGGCCAAGUGAAGGGUGGGCUCGGCCAAUAAAGGCACCUCUUCCUCCCA